UGCCGCCAAGCAUGCCGCCGCUCGUCGCCUUGCUGCCGCUCAUCGUCGUUGCUGCCGCCAAGCAUGCCGUUCACCAAGCACCGUUGCUGCUGCUUCGCUUUCUCUCUUUUGUGUCUCAGUUAGGAUUCGUGGCCUCAACUUCCACACUUAUGGCGCGCCUGGAACUCCUCUUCUCUCAUGGCCGCCGCCAUCUCUCAGCUCCGAAACCCCCAUUUCUAUGGUUUCUUCGCUCUUUUCCUCCGGUUCCUCCACUAUGAUCAAGUGGGAGAAGCGGCCGCAGAAGCUACCAAUGGAUCUCGGGGAGGCCAUCAAGGAAAUGAAGGCUAGUACAACUAUGAAAAAGCGUAAUUUGCUUGAAACUGUUGAAGCUCAUGUGAACCUCGGUGUGGAUCCGCGUCGAGGAGAUCCGAUGGUACCGGGUGCUCUAACUCUUCCUGGCUCCGGGAAGGCUGUCAGAGUUGCUGUAUUUGCUGAAGGUGCUGCAGCGGAGGAAGCAAAAGCUGCAUGUGCUGAUAUAGUUGGUGGUGAUGAACUCAUUGCGGAAAUAAGAAUUGGAGGUGGCAAGAUUAAUUUUGAUAAGUGCAUAGGAACACCUAUGUUCAUGUCUCCCCUUUCCAAGAUAGCUAGGAUUCUUGGUCCUCGUGGUUUAAUGCCAAAUCCUAAACUAGGGUCCAUGACCAGUAAUGUUUCCAUUGCAGUAAAAGAAGCCAAGAGUGGUCGCAUUGAUUUCAAAAUUGAUAAAACUGCUAUCGUACAUGUUGGGCUUGGGAAGGUUAACUUCUCAGAUGAGGCCUUACGGGAAAAUAUUGGAGCUUUUGUGAAUGCUCUUUUGCUGGCAAAACCUGUUGACCUGAAGAAAAAAUAUGCAGGGUAUGUGAAGAACUUCACGCUAAGCAGCACGAUUGGCCCUGGUUUCCCUGUUACCAUACAAUCUUUAUUUGUCGCCGCCAAUAACUAUGUCAAACUUCAAGUCAAGUUAUUGUUCACGUCGGAGAAACUCAAAACCGUAUGA